GAGGGACAAAAGGGCAUGGCAACUGGCGGUGACGAUGAUGAGAGAUUCCUUAGCGCAAUUGGCGUUAUGGAUUUCAGUAGUGAUGAUUCUGAAUUAGCACUUCUCUUACCAGACGAAGCAGCAGCAGCAGCAGCCGAGGACGAGGUAGAAGAAGAAGAAGAAGAAGAAGAAGAAACCGAAGAAGAAGAAGAAGACGAAGAGGAUGAAGAAGAAUCGGGAAGGACAACGUUGCGCAGGGUUUUAUACGGAAAUCGUAGUGGUGUUGCUAUGAGUUCAUCUCGAGAGCAAGCGAUUAGACAUGAGAAUUUGGAGGAUUAUGCUGUGGAAAGUGGAGAUGCUGCUAUGAGGAGGACGAAAGGCGGGGAAACGGCAUCGCAAGAUGUUGAUGAGGAAGGAGGGGGAAGUGAAGGAGGAGGAGAGUGGAAUCGAAGUGAGAUUGAUGGUUUGUUUUGCUCUAUUUGUAUGGAAGCUUGGACUAACGACGGCGACCACCAAAUCUGCUGUCUUCCUUGUGGGCAUAUAUAUGGUUUGUCAUGUAUCAAAAAGUGGUUGCAACAAAAAGGAAGUUUAGGAAAGUGCCCUCAAUGUAAUAAGAAAUGCACAGUGAAGGGUAUCCGUGUACUUUAUGCUUCUCAACUUCAUGCUGUUGAUGAAGAGCUUCAAAAGAAAAUUCGGUCUCUUGAAGCUAGAUGUUUUUCUCUUGAAAAAGAGUGUACUGACUGGUGUAAGAAAGAAGUUGAGUGGAGGAGGAGAGAAGCUGAGUUGCAUAAGCAAGUGGAGCACCUCAAAGAGAGAACAACUGAGGGCUCGCCAAGUGAGAUGCAAAACAGGUCAUCUGGAAGCAUUUUUGGACGCAAUAAUGUCUCCAAAUCUGCAAGACGUGAAUAUGUGAAUGGUUUUGCUUUUCAGAAAGAGUUUCAGAUUGAUGGUGCUCGCCUAUUUGAUGUGGACAGCAAUGGUGAGAAUUUGAUGAUUGCCAGAAGGCUCUCUGGAAUGGGAGGACAGCAUAUGCUUACCAAAAUCAGUCUGUUACCUCCGCAUGAAAGAGAAGACAUUAUGCUUCCUCUGAACAUGAAAACUAUCAAGGACUUGCAUGUUUCUCCUCAUGAAAGACUCAUACUCUUGGCUUCUUUAGGAAAGAAGUUGUCAGUUCUUAGUGCUGAAAACAACCAUAUUGUUCUGACAUACGACUUACCGGCUGUUCCUUGGUCAUGUUCGUGGGAUCUCAACAUGUCGCAUAGCAUGUAUGUUGGAUUACAGAAUGGCAUGGUUUUGCAGUUUGAUCGGCGUCAAACUACUGUUCCAGUGGAAUCUUUGACUGGGUUAACAGGAAAUCCUGUUCAUACUCUGUGUUCCCUUUUUGCUGAUCCUACACUUGGUGCCGGUGUUAAAAGUGUUCUUUCUGCAUCUUCAGUAGGCUUGUGCCACUGGAACUUUGGUAGCAGUAAUGAAAGGCCGUGCUUGGUCCCUGAGUCGGAGAAUCAAGGAAUCUGUAUAUCUCUCGCUUAUGGAGAUAGAAAUGAUGACGUAGUUGCCUCUUUCCGUCCUAAACUGGAGAGCUCUGGUGACAUGGCUGCUUCUCAAGUAUUGCCUACUCCAGUUUCUACAAUGGAGCAAGCAGUAGACGGUUCUCAUGUUCUUUACAGGAGAAUGGGUACCAGAUACCAGAAGUUAGGAUCGUCUUGUGCGAAAGUGAGUGGCAUCCGACUUCCAAAAUCUGCUAUAAUUGAUAGAGGGAAGAACGCCAUGUUUGCUUCUGGUGAUGAAUCAACAAUGGAACUGGUCUUACAAGAUUUGCCAUCUUUAAAUGUGGCUCAGCGCAUUAAAUCUCUCGACGGACCUAUUCGUGAUGUGAGGUAUGCACGCCUCCGAAAUUCAGGAUGGCUCGGUUGUUUGAGUGAGGAUACAUUGCAGCUUUACUCAACUAAGCUCCAAUGAAGAAAGGUGGCUUCGAAGACUCCUUAAAUCACCAGUAUGUUGGAUGCUUCAUGUGACCGAUUUUGACUGUAUAGUUUUGCGUCUAAUGUGUAGAAAUAGCAUCGUUUUUGUAACUUUUUGGGGUCAGAGAGCAGUCAGGUUGUAGAAACGAUAAUUUAAUAGUGGUAAGUUAUACAGCCGUGUAUAAUUUAACAUAAGGUAAAAUUGACCUGCGACGACAGGUAAAUCUUCUUAUCAAA